GGAAGGUGGUGAACGAAAGUGGCAAAGCACAGCAAACGCGCCGGUCUGGUUGGCGCCAGUAGAAAUGAAAAAUCUAUACGCGGACGUGAGGCAGGGAGUAACGACAGUCGGUGACGUCACACUCUCCCCGACGGACAACGUUCCCGGGGGAGAGAGAAAGGGGUAGAGAGAGGAUAGCGGCUCACCUUCGUCUGGGCCGACGACGAACACCCCGGUUGUCGUGGGGAACGCGAGGAGAGGACAACUCUCGCGGCGGCGGAACGACGUGAACGUUGUGUCGCGUUCGCCGCGAGCGGGAAGUGCUGCGCCGACGACGUCUGCUACGACUUAGGACAACGGCGACGACGGCUAGGGUGCAACAAGCAUCGGAGGGUGUCACGCCGGGCAAACAUGAAUGAGUCAACCUCGCGGCCAGUUGUGAGGCUCGACCUGUGCGUCGCGAAUCGUGAGGAGUUCGUCGGAACGGGUGAGUGUGGCUUUCCUUCUCGAGACGCGGAUCUGACAGAUUCCGGAGAGUGUCGUGGGACGGAAUUCGUUGAGUUCGAUUUUCGAUGAAUAUACGCGCACAUACAUACAUGCGCUAGAAAGGCUAGAGGCUGGAUAGAGAGGCGUUCCAGAGGCAUCUCGGGUCAGGUCGCGUUCCAAUUUCUUAUUUUUAGAUUAAUUUCAAUAAUAUAACCUUCAAGCGCGCGAUAUAAACAAUGGGAAGAAAUUUAUCAAAAAGAAGCUGACGCGCUCAGUUACGUUGAUGUCAACUUCAACUCCAAUAUCCGUGAAGCAAUCAUGUUUGACGGGUGUAAUAUUAUUAAUUACAAUUCCAGAGAAAGAUAUGCUCUCUUGCUCGCGAGAUUUCUCGAGAAUUCUUUCAGGGGUUAAUAGCAGUUGCAUGCGCUACGUUGAUCAAUUUUUGCUCUACAUUGACAAUAAUUCAAGGUAUAUGUCGCGCACUUAACUUUCUCCCUGCGACGCAAUAGCUUCGAACAAGUACAUAAGUAUAUACAGAGUGUUCGCUAUAAUGGUAUGCUAUAUUUUUAUCGGUUGCAAUGAUCGAACAGAAGAAAAUUCUAAAUAACAUUAUUCAGUUUCAAAGUGAUAUAUGUAAUAAUAUGCAACGUUAAAAAUUUCGAAAGCGUCCUUCUUUCGUAAAAAAGUCAAGGCCAACUUUAAUUUUUUAAAUAUAGCCACACGCACAUAUCUUUUUCUAUUUAUUGCGUAACUUCUAACGUUAUCUUUAGGUCUGUUCGUUCCCGAACAACUUUUGUAUUAGUACAAUAAGUUGGACUGAAACAACCAUACUUUUUCAACUCUAACUUAUAUUGCAUUACUGUGCACUCAGUUCAGAAAUUCUUUGAAAUCGAACUCUUAUCGCUUUUUCACAGCAAAAAAGAGCACAGUAAAAUAAUAAUGCAGAAUUUCAACACAAGCAUGCAGAAAUAUAAAUCGAAAUACCAUAAUUGAUGCGACUAUAAAACUCCAUUAUAAAAAGCAAAGCUUUGUGUUGCAAAAAAUAGAUUAUAUUUCGAACAUGUUUUGUAUGAGCAUCUAACGUUAUUCACUAUAUUACAUUCCAAAUAUCAUCGUAUAUGUAUAUUAAAUAUUAAUAGAAAUAACAUUAUGAGUUACUGUUGAACUUGUUUUGAUCCUUCUUACGAUACUACAACUAAAAAAUUAUUUGAUUUUGUUAGAGAAAAGAAUACUUCCAAAUGUUUAUGAUUAUAUUUUAUUGCCAUUUAAAAACUGAUUAAUUGCAUCCAGAACUUUUUCCUGCCCGACUAUUAACUGGUAAAAAAGAUAGUGGAAUCGUUACGAUAAACACCCUGUAUAUGCGUCUCGGUGUGAGUCAAGAGCUUUGUCGUCAUACAAAUAGCGAAGAAGAUUGCAUUAUGCGAUCUGGUUGCAUUGGAAGAUCACGGAGAAUUUUUCGCAGAAAAAUCUCGCGAAAAGUCUCGCGAGAAAGCUCGUCUUUUGAUGCAGUCCUUUUUUUUUACAAAUAUAAUCAACUCGGGAAAAAGAAGCUUUCUGUCUAGCUUUCAGUUUUUCAUAAUUUCUCUGGACUGUUUAUACGUCACGCAAUAUUCCAACGGCAGCUUUAAUGUUGAAGUUUUCUCAUAUUGAUAAAAAGUCUACGGUAAAUGCGACAGCGCGUAACGCGGUUGCGUUCACACAUAUUUUUCAAAACUCUUCGACGUUACCUUCGAUCGCGAAAGGAUGAGAAUGCUCCGUGGAGCGAAUAUCGUAAUAAGAGGUUUACACACCCCCCGCACCCUCUCCCCGUCCGCCGUCCCACGUGUUAAUUACGCUCCUAUUAACACCGCUCGGAUAUAGCUGUAACUUGUUGAAGGAGAAAAAUUGCCGGUUCGUGCGCCGCUGCCGUUCGUGCAUGAUCCUUAAGUGCACGAUAACGAACUUCACGGCAAUUUUAUCGCAAAAAAGCGUGCAAAAACAAAUCCCGCGGCCGGCGUUGGAAGUCGCGCUCAACGAAAUUGCACCGUUAUCGAUGUCGCAAUAUACGAUUCACUCUUUUAAUUCCUCACGAUAUUACGUGGCUGACGUUGUGACUUAGAUUUGUCGCUGUUUCUUCCGCUUUUUUCCCGCAUGCGAUUUUACUUGAGCUUUGCAUAGUAACAGAGUGUUGGCCAUGUCCUUUUUCUUUUUCAUUAUCUCGCGGAGAGACAUAGUUGGUCGUCUGAAAUAAACUACUUCCAGAACAAUGCAUACACACACACAUACAUAAACAAUAAGCGUCUCGCUGCACUCUUAAACGACACACGCCUCAACAUCCGCGCGACAGGCUAUCGCUUGAACCACCCCCGUUCUCUCUGAUGCGAACCUGACGCGAGCACACGAUAUGCAUGCACCCACCAUAUUCACGCGCUUGUCGUUCAUUAAUCGCAUUAUCGUUGCCAAGAUGUACGUCGGAAAGCAAAGGACAUGGCACACCUGUAGAUACGAAAUGCCGGACUAGCGUGCGCGAGAGAGCGAGCGGCCGACCAGUAGAGGCAGAAAGCGAGAGGCAGAGCAAGUAGUGAAAAGAGGGUAGAGAGCAAGCACGUAGAGAGAGAGAGAGCGAGAGAGAGAGAGCGUGAGAGCGAGCGAGAGAGAGAGGGAGAAAGAGAGAGCACCCCGUCGCUCGAAAGGUCGCGUGGCGCAAAACGUGGAGAAUGAGUCACGCUCAACAGCAUGUGCUUGCGAGCGCAAUAGUCCUCGCGCUGAUAGUGGUAUUCGGCAUCCACGUCUUCCUGUUUCCCAUGUACACGUCUAACCCGCCGGCCCGCCACACGAAGAUCUCCGCGUACGAGCAGGCACUCUGUCGCACCACCCUGAAAAAUGUCCGGGUACCGCCGGAGUGGCGCAACCCGUGCCCCAAGUACGGCAUCGUGUCGGCGGUGCAGGGCGGUAGGCUGGGCAACCAGAUCUGGGAGUACGCGUCAGUGUGGGCUACCGCGAGGCGCACCGGCCUGGAGCCGUUCAUGCCGCGCUGUAUCCUCAAGACCUUGGAAGAGUACUUCGACAAUCUGAGCAUCCCGCCGCUUAGCUACAUCGGCAGGUGCACGUUGGACGUCGGUCAGGUGGUCAAUUCGUUGGGCCAGUGGAACAGCACGGAGCAGAACAUCAUCAUACCUAGACACGCAGCUUACUGGUCCCUGAUACUAGUCUGGUUGGAUGACAUACGACGUGAGUUCACGUUCAAGCCGUGUCUAAGGAUAUACGCAGAGAAGGUGCUGAAACGAGUCGCCGAGAAAUUCAAUCUAUCCGCGCCGAUAUACGUCAGCGUACACGUGCGCAGAACCGAUUACGUAGAUUAUCUGUGGCAGAAGCUGAAGACGCGACCCGCGCCAAUAAGUUACUACCUAUCGGCGAUGGAUUACUUCGCCGGCAAGUACAGCAACGUAGUCUUCGUAGUGACGAGCGAUAAUAUCGCCUGGUGUAAAUAUAACUUACGCAGCAAACGUCACAGGAUCAGUUUCGUGUCGGACAAUGACGGCAAGGGUCCGGGGAAGGACCUGGCGGUAUUGUCCGCGUGUAACCACAGCAUAAUAGAUUACGGCACCUACGGCUCGUUUGGGGCCAUUUUGGCCUCCGGCGAAACUAUAGUUUACAAUGUAACAACAUACUUUUCUACGCUGAUCGCUGAUGUUCUACCUAAUUGGAAGAUAAUGAGUUGAACGCGACUCACAGGUGUCCCAAAACGUAAAGUCAACAAGACACAAAAUCACCUGAUAUCACACGCGCGCCUUUUGCGACACGUGAUCUCUCUUUUAACGAGGCAAAUUACUCUCGGAGAGUAAUUUGUUUUCCACUGAGUUACAAGAGAAUUUUUGACAAUUUCAAUUACACGAUCUUUUUUUGUUUAUUGUCGAUAAGGCGACCAGAUCUUUAAUUAGACGUUCGAAUCACUUUACAAACUUUGCAACGGAUCGCAAGUGGGUGCAAAUAACGCGAGUAAUCGUCGCGUAUUAGUUACUUCUGCUACUUAGGCGAGUAUAUAAUAAUUUUGAAAGCAUACACACCAUGCCUUUUUCAUGCCCAGAAAGUAUACGCUCGCCGUUAUCUCGUUUAUCAUAUGAACCAACAUCUCGCCAGUAGCGGAAUCAAGUGAAAGUAUGUUGCUGCAUCGCGUUUUAUAUGUGUAAUGGCGUAAGUACAUCAUUGUCGGAAUGCUUAACAAUAUUACGCAUAUAUAUAUCGCUCUUAUUUAAAUUUAGUGUGCGCACACAAACUAUAGGAACCGAUGCACCUGUAAAUGUAGCGAGCGAAUCUUUCCAGAAACUCGAAGAAGAGGUUUACAAAGGAACAAUGGACCACUAAUAUCUAAAAUUAAAACAGAUGCUUAUUUUUUCUACGACUCUGACAAUGAGACACAAACUCGACACGGCCGUAAAAAUUUAAUAUGAGAAAAAAAAGAGACGUUAUAGAUCAGAGAUCUGUGUACUUUCCAAAUAUAAGGUGGUAACCAAAUGAGCCUAAUUCAAAAACACGCGUACGGAUAAAUUCUAAAUUUUGCAGUGCUCAGAAUUUUGUCUGGUUGAUCUCUAACUUUCGCGCGAUCUUUUUCCGAGAACUGGAUCUUCUGACGUUAGUUCGUAGUUUAUAGUUUUCUAUAAUGUAGCCUAGCGGAAUAGUCUCGAGUUAAUUGUGUUUACACGUUUAAUGUGAAUUUCAUAUCGUAGCGAGCGUGUAACAUACACUUCACAGACACGAAACCGACGUAUUAACCAUCCGUAAGUCUUAUGAUGUACAAUGAUUUCAACUGUGAUUCUAUUUCUUAUUGUGCCAAAAUUCUGAAUAUACACAUAAACGUAUAUAUAUAUGUAAAUAUACUGUACGUAUAUAUACAUAUAUAUAUGUAUACAUCUAUAUAUGUAUUAUAAAAUUAUAUCUAUACAACGCAUUGUAUAAUAUUUACAAACCUGUGAGCAAAUGAUAAAUUAUUUCUUCACUUAAUCGUUAACUUAAUCGUUAAGUAUUAUAAAAGAGAGAAAAAAAGAGUUUACGGACUAUAUUAUACGCGAGAUGGACGAUGAAGUAUUUUACAUAAAAAGCCAGUGUUUGACAUUUAUUAACCAUGUGACCUGAUGUAUUUGACUUAAAGUGUUUUACAAGCUAGACUAGUCAAUGUGUCUAUAUCUAUGUACGUUACAUCUAUAUAUGAAUGUAUCUUCAAUGUAUUUGUGCCUGCCAGUUGUUAUAGAUACUCGCUGAAAUGUCAAGGCGCUAUAGGUCGCAGGGAUUGAUAAAAUGAUUACGAUAAAAAAACGUGAGUCGUUCGUGUUAUCGAACUCUUCAUUGCCAAUUGGGCGAUACAAAUUGAUAAGAGAUAUACGAUUCAAGGGAAAGAAAUAAUAUGAUAACAGACAAGUAUUUAGCUAUAUAACUUUCAGGCAUCGAUACGAUCUACUCUGUACAUUCUCUGUGAUAAUUUUAUGUAAUUUUUGAGAACGUAAUGCGUAAGUGCUCUGAAAAUGUAUUCGUUUUACAGAAUAAAAGUACUUCGUGUCAAAAUUAA